CACGUUCGGGCGGCCCGGACGCAGGCGGGGUGGGCCGACGCUGCUGUGAGAGGGCGCCCGAGGUUGUUGGAGAGCGAACCAGCCAAGGAGGCGGGGAGGUUGUGGCCGCGCUCGCCGGCUCCCUCGCUGCUCGCCGGCUCGCCGGCUCGCUCGCUUCCCAGCGCCCCUGCAGGUCCGCCUGCGUUUCCUGCUUUGCCUGCCGCUCUGUGGCGCUUCGCCCGACCAGCAGCCGGGUGACCGGGUGCCUGUUCGGCGUGGGAGGCGUGAGCGGCAGCGGACCCUGCGCGGAGGGCGAGCCGGCGCCACACCUGUGGAGCCCGCGGCCGUCGGGGCUGCGGACUGGGCUGCGGCCGCGCGCGUGUUCGGGGCUCCGGGCCGUGGGGCAGACGCGCCCCCGAGCCGAGCGCCGCGGGCAGCAUGGGGCUCCCCGCGUUGGAAUUCAGCGACUGCUGCCUCGACAGCCCACACUUCCGAGAGACUCUCAAGUCGCACGAAGCGGAGCUGGACAAGACCAACAAAUUCAUCAAGGAGCUCCUCAAGGACAGCAAGACGCUCAUCACCGCGCUCAAGAAUUUGUCUUCAGCGAAGAGAAAAUUUGCAGAUUCCUUAAAUGAAUUUAAAUUUCAGUGCAUAGGAGAUGCAGAAACAGAUGAUGAGAUGUGUAUUGCAAGAUCUUUGCAGGAGUUUGCUACUGUACUCAGGAAUCUUGAAGAUGAACGGAUACGAAUGAUUGAAAAUGCCAGUGAGGUACUCAUUACUCCCUUGGAGAAAUUUCGAAAGGAGCAGAUUGGGGCUGCCAAGGAAGCCAAAAAGAAGUAUGACAAGGAGACAGAGAAGUAUUGUGGCAUCUUAGACAAACAUUUGAAUCUGUCUUCCAAAAAGAAAGAGUCUCAGCUUCAGGAGGCAGACAGCCAAGUGGACCUGGUCCGGCAACACUUCUAUGAAGUAUCCCUGGGAUAUGUCUUCAAGGUGCAGGAAGUUCAAGAGAGGAAGAUGUUUGAGUUCGUGGAACCUCUGCUGGCAUUCUUGCAAGGACUCUUCACCUUCUAUCACCAUGGUUAUGAGCUGGCUAAGGAUUUUGGUGACUUCAAGACGCAGUUGACAAUCAGCAUACAGAAUACGAGAAAUCGUUUUGAAGGCACUAGAUCAGAAGUGGAAUCACUAAUGAAAAAGAUGAAGGAGAAUCCUCUCGAGCACAAGACCAUCAGCCCUUAUACCAUGGAAGGUUACCUCUAUGUGCAGGAGAAACGUCACUUUGGGACCUCUUGGGUGAAGCACUACUGUACCUACCAACGGGAUUCCAAACAAAUCACCAUGAUACCAUUUGACCAAAAAUCAGGAGCCAAGGGGGGGGAAGAUGAAUCAGUUACCCUCAAGUCCUGUACAAGGCGGAAGACCGAUUCUAUUGAGAAGAGGUUUUGUUUUGAUGUAGAAGCAGUAGACAGGCCAGGGGUUAUCACCAUGCAGGCGUUGUCGGAAGAGGAUCGGAGACUCUGGAUGGAAGCCAUGGAUGGCCGGGAACCUGUCUACAAUUCAAACAAGGACAGUCAAAGUGAAGGGACUGCACAGUUGGAUAGUAUUGGCUUCAACAUAAUCAGGAAGUGCAUCCAUGCUGUGGAAACCAGAGGGAUCAAUGAGCAGGGGCUCUACCGAAUUGUGGGGGUCAAUUCCAGAGUUCAGAAACUGCUGAGUGUUCUGAUGGACCCUAAAACAGCUUCUGAAACAGAUACAGAUGUCUGUGCCGAAUGGGAGAUAAAGACCAUCACUAGUGCUUUGAAGACCUACCUAAGAAUGCUGCCAGGACCACUCAUGAUGUACCAGUUUCAAAGAAGUUUCAUCAAAGCAGCAAAGCUAGAGAAUCAGGAGUCUCGUGUCUCUGAAAUCCAUAGCCUUGUUCAUCGACUCCCAGAGAAAAAUAGGCAGAUGCUACAGCUGCUCAUGAACCAUUUGGCAAAUGUUGCUAACAACCACAAGCAAAAUUUGAUGACAGUGGCAAAUCUGGGAGUGGUGUUUGGACCCACACUCCUGAGGCCUCAGGAAGAAACAGUAGCAGCCAUCAUGGAUAUCAAAUUUCAAAACAUUGUCAUUGAGAUUCUCAUCGAAAAUCAUGAAAAGAUAUUUAACACCGUGCCUGAUGUGCCUCUCACCAAUGCCCAGCUGCACCUUUCCAGGAAGAAAAGCAGUGACUCCAAGCCCCCAUCCUGCAGUGAGAGACCCCUGACACUCUUCCAUGCUGUGCAGUCCACAGAGAAACAGGAACAAAGGAACAGUAUCAUCAACUCCAGUUUAGAAUCUGUCACCUCGUCAAAUACCAACAGCAUCCUUAAUUCCAGCAGCAGCUUACAGCCCAACAUGAACUCCAGUGACCCAGACCUGGAUGUGCUCAAACCUACUCGGCCCAACUCACUCCCCCCGAAUCCAAGCCCAACUUCACCCCUCUCGCCAUCUUGGCCCAUGUUCUCGGCGCCAUCCAGCCCUAUGCCCACCUCAUCCACGUCCAGCGACUCAUCCCCCAUCAGGUCUGUUGCAGGGUUUGUUUGGUUUUCUGUUGCUGCCGUUGCUCUCUCAUUGGCUUGGUCCUCUCUUCAUGCAGUGUUCAGCCUCCUCGUCAACUUUGUUCCCUGCCAUCCAAACCUGCAUUUGCUUUUUGACAGGCCAGAAGAAGCAGUUCGUGAGGAAUACAGCACACCAUUCCGGAAGGCCAAAGCCUUGUAUGCCUGCAAAGCUGAACACGACUCAGAACUUUCAUUCUCAGCAGGCACGAUCUUCGAUAACGUACAUCCGUCUCAAGAGCCUGGCUGGUUGGAGGGGACUCUGAAUGGAAAGACUGGCCUCAUCCCUGAGAACUACGUGGAGUUCCUCUAACCAUGGGCCCCAGCACAACUGCUGAGCUUUCCAUGGUAUCCAUGACAACAGCUGAUUCCAGUGUUUGGAGGCCAUUUCUCUUUGCCACUGAGAAAUGGAAGGUGACUGACUCUGCUGCUACCUGUCAACACAGAUGUUUCUGUGAACUCCAGUAUCACCCAGUCUCAUGAUCAUCUCAGCUGAAAUGCAGUGAUACUACCAGAAACAAGUAAAUUGGCAGGAGACUUUUCAGCGCUGUUAACUGAGACAGACAUGCAAAGCUAUUUCUCUUGUAGUACCCAAACUAGGAAGCAAUCAUUUUGUUUUGAUAGUCAUCCAAAGCCCAAGCCUUUUGAAAGAAGUAAGUUAUAAGUAGUCCCCUAGAAGCUAAUAAGACUGAAUAGUGGCUUCAGAGUUGGGUCCACUGCUCUUGUUUACAGUAAGGACUGUCUACCCCACCUCAAUGUACUAGAGACUCACAUUGCUACAGGCAGCAGGUCUGUUUGUUUGCAUGCAGGCUGGAGAGGAGUGAUGGCACUGUUUACAUAAAAUCCAAUCUCUCACCAUCUCUGAAGCAGUCUGUUGGCCCAGCAUCAGCAUAAUUCAACCCAGCCUUCUCUUAUAUACCUUCCACACCCCCCACCCUUAAAGCUAGGAACUUCUGCCACCAAGGACUGCAUCACCAAGUAACCAUGGCAACUCAGCCUACUGUAAAACCAGACCAAACCAAAAAAUAACACUCUCUCUGUAUAAUGUUUUUUUUUCUCCUUCACUCACCCCACUGUGAUAGGGUUUUUUUUUUGUUUUGUUUUGUUUUGGUUUGGUUUGUUUGUUUUGCUUUUCCGAUAAUCCAAAGCAGAUGAUCGAGGUAUAGGUCUACUUGGGGAAGACAGAAUAGUCACUAUUUCUUUACUGAUGAAUUUCAGCAGCAUCAGUCAGGAUACAUUUGUAGCAAACUCUAGUAACCUCUUGAGUUUAAAUUACAUAUUGGCAUAACGUUUCUGUUCUUUAUGCAAGCAGUGUUUGCUUUUUAGAGGGCAGUGUGCUGCCUUCCCCUGUAUAAUACCUUCCCUUAGACUCACUCCUUUUCGCCUUCCUCUUUCCCUAUCCUGACUGGACUCUGACCCAUCACUGACCAGCAACCUGACAGUGUCCAAGACUGCUGAACACUGGUGCCCUGCUGAUUUUUUUAGGAAAAAUUUCAACAGAGUGUGUGUGCACAUUUUCACUGCCACUAUGACAAAAAGGGAAUUGUUUUUCAGGCUUUUGAGCCAUAAGACUAAUAACAUAGGCCAUUUGCCACUCGGGAGGUCAUCAAAAUGUGGGGUCUUGGAAGCUGGGCUAGGUACAUCUUGAGAAAAAGAAUUCUCUGGUCCAGUGGGGUCUGGGUAGAACAACACCUCAGGUGGGGAAGUAUAACCUGGAUAUUUCAAAGUCACUUGGCCACCAAAGAACAGAGUUCCCAAUAUCUUCCAUGCUUGAAUGUCCUGGCAAAAGUGACUCUGAGCAGAGGUACCACAAGUCAACAGACUGUCAAGCUUGCCAGGAGCCUCUUGAGCUGGCAUCAUUGUUCCACAGAGUGUUUCUUGCUUCCAGAAUUAAGUUUUAGGGAACUUUAAAAAGAAAAGAAAAACUUGAAUUGUGUUGAGUUACUGUACUUUUGAUUUUUUUUUUGAAAACACAAACUUGUAAAUAGAGUGAUUUCAAAUCUUAUAUGACAAAAUUUUAUAUUUUAUAUUCUUUAAGCUAAUUGCUCUACACAUUUAAGCUUUGAUUGCUGAACACAUGUUAUGAGGGGGGAGGGAGGAAGCCUUGUUAAAGAGGAUUAAGGUCUUCCCCUCUUUAGCUCUGAGGAAGAAAAUAUUUCUGCAUACUCUUUGCUGACUUGUAGAUGAGCAUGUUUGAUGAUGCUUAGUCUUCUUUAUGAAGCUGUGGUUUUGACCAUUUCUUGGGCUUUGGAUUUGGAGAUGGAAAGAGUGCAUCUUCAGGCAAUCAAUUUUUUUUUUUCUUUUCAAAGAACUCCUACUCAAUAAGAUGAAGCUCAGGAUUUAAAUAGGUGGAGCCGGGGGUUAGACUUUUUUUUUCAUUUUUUCUUCUCAGGUGUAAUUCUUGAUACCCCAAGAUAUCAGAAAAGAAGGAGAUUGGAUAAUUAUGUAUUCCUUACAUCAAACCCUUCUGCACGUCUUCUAUAGCUUUAUAAAAGAGACCAUGCCAGUUUUCAAGUUUUAUGUGCAUCUAUGUUUUAAGAGAAACUGAUUUCUUGAGACCUUUAGUUCUUAAUCUGCUGCUGCUUCCUCUUUCCCUAAACAUAUUUAUGUCUUUCACAUUCAUCUCAGAUUUCUAUAACCCCCCCCCCCAAAUAAGAGAAAAACUUCAAAGAGAGAUGGAGACUCUAUGUUACCUUCAUGAAUGACUUUAAAGUACCUAGGAGUUUCUCACUAUGGUUAAGUUCUUCAGCUCAAGGAUUAUACAGCUAUUGUUAAAGGAUUCAUCCAGGAACAAGCAAAAUGCUAUCAUUGAAUCAGGGAUCAAGAAUCAAAGGGAAUAAGACCAAGGGAGUCCUCUGGAAAGCAAUCCUUGAAAACCCAAAGAGAAAGGGACUAUAUGAACAGGCUACAACAACUUCCCAUGGAUUUUUAACAUCUUGGGGAUCUACUCAAAGGGGCCUGGGAGCAAAGCACACUCAUAUACCACUGUCUUUUUUUUUUUUUUCCAAAUCACAGCAUGCAACAUAAUUUUUUCUAACACAAUGAAUAUUUUAAAUUGUCAUCUUCCUCACUGGAAGCUUCAGGGGAGCUAUCAUAGAGGAACAGAAGAAGACCAAGUCCCUGGCUUUGGGAGUUCCUCACUGAAGCAUACCUGUGGACACUUGGCUCCCAGCUUGAACACUUGGAAGUAUGUCCCUCUCUUCCCAGUUGGCCCUGGUUGUAAGCUGAAGGGAAGUGGAGCUGCUGCCAAUGGGAAUUUUUAGGUUGGCCCUUUCAGCUUCCUUAGGCCAUGCUGAGCCUGUGACAGAUGGCUCUGCUUCCCUUUCCCCAGCCAGGCUCACCUCCUCCCCUUUAGCUACAGAACUGGAGCAACUGUUCAGAACACAAGCCAACAAAUAGGAAAGAACUCUAAGACUUAAAAUAGACUUUACCCUCUCUAUGAUCUAUGCCCCCAGCUCUUCUUACCUCUGCUUAAAUAGGGAACUUUGGGACAGAAUAGCAGAGUAAACUGGGCCUCAGAGUAGACUGGGCUAUUGACUAGAGUCCCUGAGCUUGCCAAGAGUCUGUUUUCUUCUUUUGUAAAACCCUGGGAUCAAUUAGACAUAUAUAGCCUGACUACUUUCAAUCAGGCUCUUACUUUUCCUUUAAGGAUUCACAGAAUCCCAUAGCUACAGAAUGCCAUGCUAUGAGAAGAUGGAUAGUUUCAAAGCCCUGUAUCCAAGUGAGUAAAUUCUGGACUUACUCAAGUCCUGUGACUCUCCAUUCUGUGUUCAGAGUGUUGGACCCCUCUCUGUAGCAUAGUCUUUCUUGGUAUCUUAGAAUUGAGGCCCGUUUUUAGCUUCAUGUUCUAGCUUUUCUACAGCCAAUAUGUAUUUUCUUCUGUCAGAUCAAACUGUCUUUUUCAAUGUAAUUUCAGUUCAUCUCCUUUUCCUGAGUGUUUUUUGUACAGACAGUCUUUGAGAUAAGAAUGGCAAACUGGCCAUGGCAGAACCAUGUCAGUGGCAGGGCCAUUUCAGGAAUUUGCCUGGAAUGUGCAGCUGUAUUUUGCCAUAUCAAUAGCUCAAAGGGAAGUCCUCUGCCAACUUUGAUUUUGUGUUUCCAGAAAACAGCAAUCCCAAUCACACCAAAAGCUCUCUCUUGACUCAGAAACCACAAAAGCAUCCAUGAUUGAGGAUGUGGGAAGAUAGAAAUAAUCAGCAAAAAAAAAAAAAAACUCUGCCACCUUUUAAUGAUGGCCUGCUAAAAUCUUUUGCCCCUGACUUCUUCCAAAAGCAAGUCUGGAUCAUCCACUUUUAUAGACACAGGACACUUUGGUCAUCAGGCAUCCACAACUUGUGCUAAUAUUGAAUGUUUUAUGAGUAGCCAUCUUGCCUGGGUAUGUCAUUAGCAUUGAAGGAACCAAACAACCUCUUUGCAGUUUGACUUGAAUGCCCUUGGUUUUCUCUCUAGGGAAUAUCUAUCAACUCUGGUAAAGUUGACAUUAAUCAAUCACCUAGACAACCCUGUUCCACAUCUCUUUUAAGUCAUCUGGUGUCCUCUCACACACCCUGUGCUAGUGUUUGAAAAAUGUAUCUUUUCAUGCUCAAAUGUGUCUGGCAGUCACACUGAUCUGCUGGGUGCUGAACCACUUCUCUGUAAUUGUGGCAUCAAAAUGACAACAGAAGCAGAGCAAUGAACCUUGCACAAUCCUACAGCAUGCCUGAGACAAGACUUCAACAAGUAAUAAUUAGCUCUUUUUUUUCCUUUUGCCGCCUACAGUACUUGUCUAACUAAAGAGCUUCCCAAAGUAGAGUGAGAGGUCAGAUAAAGAAUCCACACGUCACUCAGAGCUAGUCCAUGCUGUCAUGUGCUCUUUUUAGUGGAAACACUUAUAUUCUUGAGAAGAAGUGUAUUGAAUGUAAAGCAAUGUUAGGAUCAAAGGAAAUGAUAAACCAUGCUGAAAAACUCUGAACCUUUGAAGGGAUAAAUACAGUUGUUAAUGAAGGAAAUUUUUUCACAGAAAAAAAGUUCAUGGCUGGUAUUUUUACAAAAUUUUAUAGCACACCAAAAAAAGAAUCCAUCUUUCAAAGGUUUUAAAGAGCAAAGAUUUGACAUAGCCAGAGACUAUGCAAGAGUGUCAAUUACUAUGAUGAUGUCAAAAUUCUCCUUAGUGUAGCCAGUGAGAACGAGACUACUGAUCCUCAAGGUGUCAGAAUCACCUGGAACAGCUAAAACAUUGUACAUCAUUCUGCAGCCAUCGAUUCUACAAUGUCUUCUAGACAGAUACCUGUCUAGAUGCAGCUUCCUUGGAUAUCCAGAUGUUAGGGGUCAACCUUGUACCUAUGAGAAAGGUCCAUCCAUUGGUUCCAAAGUGUACAUAUAUGAGUAUGUGUCUGUAAGUACAGUGUGAUUGACGUACAGAAACCCACAUAAGCCAGCAGCUGCUGAAUAGUCACAACCUUUGAAAUUUACAGGUUGAGAGUCAGAGAAAUAAGAAUAGGCUGUUGGUUAACUGUCAGUGAUAAAAUAUAUAAAUUAAGUGCCACUUUUCAACUUUAUUCAUAUUUAUCAAAUGGUUACUAGCAACAACUACAUUCCUUAACUUAUUGAAAGUUGAAAAAGAGUCACACUCAAACACUGAGUAGAAGAUACUAGACUAGUGUUUAAAAAAAACACUCUAAAAGACAUUUUGUCCAUAUUUUGGAGGAAAAAAAUUACUCGCAUGUUUAAUUCAUAGUUUAGGCUACCUUUGAGUAUACUGUAAAGUGCUGUGUGAUAUAUCAGUAAAGUACUUAUAAAAUGGCACUUUAAUGUUUUUCAGAACCAUUAAUAAUGCACUCUUUUAAACUUCAGUUCAGUAUUGAGUAUUGACUGGUGUGUAGGAUCCAGUUUCAUAAUUAGAAAAUAAUCUAUGCCUAGAAUAGAACUUCUUCCCUGUUAUUAGUAAAAACAAUUUUGCCAUGUUCAGGCUUUUUAAAAACUGUGUCAAUAAGUGUAUCUGGAAAAAAAAAAGUGUGUAUAUAUACAAUUUCUGUUGAAUGGCCUCUGAAAUUCGGGCUGGUUUAUGUGACAAUCCCUUGAAAUGAGUGGAAGUGUGAUUUUUGAAUUAAAAGAUUUUUCCAUUUGG